UUUGUCAACCAUUUUGAGUUGUCACCUUUUAGAAGUAUCUACUGUUCCUUCCCAAUUAGAAUAAUUUUUUAUUGUUAUAAAUUGAUAUAAAGGAUACAUUAUGGGUUUAGCGACUGUUAUUGAAAAUGAAGCCCAUUUCCAAUCGGAAAUGGCAAAUGCCGGCACCAAAUUAGUUGUUGUAGACUUCACUGCCACUUGGUGUCCACCGUGCCAACGGAUUGCGCCGUUCUUUGAACAGCUACCAGCAAAGUUUCCGAGGGCUGUGUUCCUGAAAGUUGACGUAAAUAGAUGCACAGAGACUGCAAGCAGCCAGGGUAUCUCUGCAACACCCACUUUCGUUUUCUACAGAAACAGAACACGGCUUGACCGACUACAAGGUGCUGAUCCUGCUACCUUAGAAAAUAAAGUUAGACAAUUUUAUGGCACAGAAGAAUCCAACGAUGAUGAUAAUGCUGUUGCUGGCCAUAUGGAUUUGGUCACAUUCAUCACAAAGAGUGAAUGUGAGUGUUUGAAUGAGGCUGAUGAUCACCCUCUGACUCAUGCCCUCACUAGCGGCGGUGGAUACCUGGCCAGCGAUUGUGAUGAACAGCUCAUCAUCAACAUUGCCUUUAACCAGUUGGUAAAGCUGCACUCAGUGAAAAUCAAGGGACCAGCUGAUAAGGGCCCUAAAUUUGUAAAGCUGUUCAUAAACCAGCCAAGAACACUUGACUUUGAUCAGGCUGCUGGAAACUCAGCAGUACAAGAAUUGGAAGUAACACCAAGUGAUUUAGAAGGCAAUCCAGUUCCAUUGAGAUUUGUGAAGUUCCAAAAUGUUCAAAACAUUCAACUGUUCAUAAAGGACAACCAGUCUGGUGAUGAGGUGACCCAGAUUGAUCAUCUUGCUUUUUAUGGCUCACCAAUUUCCACAACCAAUAUGGGGGAAUUCAAACGUGUGGCGGGUAAAAAAGGUGAGAGUCACUAGCGACUACUUACCAUGUGUAGACGUACACAAAUAUAAAGAUUCAGUUCAGUGCAAGACUUGACCAUGACUUCAGUGUAUAAUGAAAUAGGUCAGAACAUUGAUUCAACAUAAACUAUCAUUAUUGUGUCAUUUAGCCUAGUUUGCACUACUUUAGUCAUUUAGUUGAGUGCUUAGUACUUUAACAAAAAUCACUAAAAUUGACUAAAACUUUGUUCUUAAAUAUUUUGCUGCAGAAUUACUCACCAGUCAACUAAAUUUCUAAAGCGAUAUGAACUAGGCAUUAUUGUAUUGCUGUCUAUAUAUAUCAGGUUAUUAAUAAUAGUCAAUACAAUAUUUUUAAAUAUUGCCAGUAUGAAAUAAUAUUGAGCACAUUAAAGAAACAUUUGAACAUUAGGAAAACAUAAGGACAAUAUUUAAAUUUGUAUACAAACAGAUCUGUAUUUAUGUCUAACAUAGCAAAUUAAUUUAAUAUUUUGACUAUUUAUACAUGUUCAUGACUUCAUACACUACUGUCUAUAAAAUGUACAAUGAAGCAAAUUCUUCGCAUGACUAUAUAAUUGUAUAUUAUGUAAUAAUUAUAAUUUUGUUUCAUAUAAAAAAUAGUAAUUACCAUUCUGACAAAAUUAAUAUGAUUAUGACAAAACAUAUGUAGGUAUCCUAUAAGAUUAGAUCAUGGGAGUAAUAUUGGUUGCAAAGAUAAUUGUAUGGAUGGUUUAUAUUUGUCAAACCAUAGUCUAUUCUAAAAUAUACAAUUCCGGUUUUAUUUCACACACACAAAAUAUAAAGCUAAAGUAUAACGACAUGGAACACUAUUAACGUUACAAAAUUGAUUUUGUACAAAGUUCCUACAAUGAAAUUGUAGCUGUUAAUUUACAUAAAAUUUUAUUAGUACUAAUUCUAGUCAUGCAAGAAUUUACAUUAAAACCUAGCUGAACUGACUACUCACUGCAUUUUAUUUGUAAAUUAAGUUAUUGUAAAAUGGGAUCACUUCUAAAACUGUGUCAAAACAUAGUAAAUGUGAUUUCUAAUGUAUGUUUCACAUAUUUAUGAAAUACCUAUGAUAACAUAAUUAUUACUAAGUAUAAGGUCAUUUCGAAGGCCACAGUUUGUUAAAUGGGAUUUAAAGAAUAUUAAGAAUUUGUAUAUUCAAUAAAUAAAAAAAAUGUGUAAAUUUAUUUAGUUUAUUUCAGCUUAAUAUUAAUCCUGUUUCAACUCAUAUAUCUGAAUAUAUGCUUCAGUCAGUGUGAUCAUCUGUGGCAGAAUGCUGGUUACAUGGAGAUCUUGCAUUUCAUACCUGAAAUGCAGUAUGUGAUGUUUAGUAGUUAUGGAAAUUAUGAUUAUGUUACACUAUUUAAUAUAUAGGAUCAUAACAAAAUCAAUUGUUAAUUAUUGAUGCACUUCUAAUAUCAUUAUAAACUUUUACAAUCAUUUUAUAUAGCAUAGGAAAUACUGAGAUCACUUUUAUGAAUCUCAGGUCAUUUGCUGUCACCAUAUAAUAAUUAUGAUCCUAUAUAUUUAAUUAUGUCAAAUGGCAUUUCGUAACAUACAUGUCAUAUUUUACCAAUAUUUUAUAUCAUUAAGAAUAAAAGGGCGAUAUUGGAUAUAUGACUUAAAAUAUA